CUACUCACCGCUCCUCACCUUCAUGACUGUUCUUCGUUGACAGAACCUGUCGAGAAAUCGCUGGAUCCAUGCUUUACAACGAAGGGAUCUAGAUCUAUACAACGCACCCACAAACGCAGGAAUUCAUUCGACACAGGCGCACUUCGCCAUGGAUGCUGCAUCCAAGUCCGCUCUCGCAUUCGAAUCGCCCUUGACGCGCAGAAGUAUCAUCGCAUCGUACUUCCUCGUCAUUAUCCUCGCUUUGCCUCUCUGGUGGAAUACAACCAGUAUUGAACGGCAAGCUCUGCCUGUGUCACGCGUCACUGCGCAGGCGGGAAGAGAGCUCGCGUUUCCCAUCCGCGUUGCCCUUGACACCAGGGAUUAUGAGAUCGGCACAGAUGCGUUCACGCAGGAGGUACGGCGCCACAUUGCAAGCAGCGAAGAGUUCAAGCAGAAUGGUUUGUCUGUGCAAAUCUCGUCUGAGGCGGCAACUGCGAAUGGCUAUCAGGUCGUUCUUCGUCGAGGGACGCGGGAUCCCACAGUCGACGGCCGUAAGGUUACGAUGGAGAUUCCGCCUGAGCACGCAGGCGUGGCAGCGAUGCAACUUGCCGAUACAUUGGCGACGUUGCUUACUCCUUACACCAGUCUCCGGAGCUCCCAGACUGAGCGCGUCGUGUCAUAUUCGCCACGGUACCGAUUGGCAUUCACCCUUCUGAACGAAGACGCUGCUUCAGGCAAUGCUGCAUUAUCUUGGGAUGUGCAUGGAGCCAUGACUGCGCAGGUCUCACCCUUACUCGAGCGUCUGUCUGUGCUGCACAACUUCACGGUUGAGAGUCAAGUGCAGUACCACGGGCCUCUUGCCUUUGAUCCUCGCGCAUUGCAAGGGGACGAGUAUGGAUUAACGCCUGAGGACCUCACCGUCUUCGUCAACUCAGCGGAGUGGACAUUUUCGUCGAGCGUUUCGAAUGAUCCAGUGCUGCACUUCGUUGCCUUCAUCCCAUCUUCAAAACACAGUCCACUACGCAUACUGGGCAACGAUGACAGACCGACAUCGUCAAGUGCUUUUAUACUACCGCAAUGGGGCGGCGUCGUACUCUGCAAUCCCAACCCGGCCGGCGUCACCCGGACCCUCGCUGGGCGUCCGCUAGACGCUAUAUUUGCGACAUUCCGCCAACAGCUCUCAGCCUUGCUUGGUGUGCCAGAGUUGGCGCCGCACGUCCAUGCUCAAACUCAAGGCUCCGCAGGAGUGACCGACUGGCAGCUGGACGCGCUUGUGCGCCGACGUGCAGUGGAGAACGCCGCCAGUGCACAGGAGACGCUGCAAAGCAUCGUACGGCUAGUCGCGCAGAUCGAAGACAUGCCCGUCGGCGAGGAUGUCAGGGGUGACGUACAGGGUGCCCUAGCUGCUCUCGAUCAAACAUAUUCGGCCGCAUCGUCAUCCGCAAAUGAGGCGUUGACCUUCGCGAGCAAGGCCCAGUCCGUGGCGUCACGCGCGUUCUUCAACCCAGGGAUGCUCGCAUUAUUGUACUUCCCCGCAGAGCACAAAUGGGCGGUGUACGCGCCGCUGUUCGCGUCUGUCACGGCCCCGCUGUUGGCCUCUAUCAUCCGAGAGGUGCUUGCUUGGAAGAAGGAGAGGAAGGCGAAGGUCGGGGAAACACGUACAGCACCUGAACAGACACAGAAAACGGAGUAGAUCGUGGCACGGUUGGACUGUAUGGUUCGGGAGGUCCUCUACGUUCUCUUCAUGUGGUUCGCGCAUCGUUCAUGGUCAGGUAAUGAUGGCCAUGGCAAGACCAACGGACACGAUAGGUCAGUCUGGCAAGAUCUGCACAGCGGACAUUGUAGCCCAUACGUGUAUCCUCUCCGAACAUGGAUAUGCAUACCAGGUCAAUACACGUCUCGCACGCCCUGUCGUCCAUUUACCCCGGUGCCCCACAUCCUGUCAGAUGAGAUGUAUACUUUGUGUAUACUCGUGUGAAGGGACAAGCGUUCGUCCCUCCUUCCGAUGCAAGAUGUGCAGGCUGAUCGCCAC